AGGCACGUCAACACAUCAUUUGGAGCCAUCUUAUAUAAAUGCUUUAGGAGUGUUUGGUGGGCAGCAUUAAUUUCACAUAAGAGGAGAGGAGACAGGAACAUAACGUGAGUGCUAAUGGCGCGAAAAAGGGUUUUCCACCUCUCCCUCUGCACUUUCCUGAUCACCAGCCUCUUCUUUCGAGGCUUCGAAGCAGGUGUCUGUCCUGAAAACUGGAUCCAAAACCAGAACUCUUGCUUUGGCGUCAUUCUCCAGAAACUGAGCUGGCCAGAGGCAGAGAUAGAUUGCCAAACCUAUGGCAAACACGGCCACCUGGCUUCCUUUCAAACCAAAUCUGAGUGGGAUUUGGUGGCCAAAUAUGUUGUUGCCAACUUUAAGGACGUGGAAGACAUCUGGGUUGGGUUGGAGGACUCUCGGAGGACCAGACAAUGGACCUGGGUGGAUCGGACUCCGCUGACCUUCUUCCCUUGGAAUAUCGGGGAGCCCAACAACAAAGGCGGGAAGGAAUAUUGCGCCCACACAACCAUUGGGGAAGGUUAUAAGAAACUCAAUGAUGCCAACUGUGAAAUCUUCAAGAGCUAUCUCUGCAAAUCCAGGUUGCUGUAAUAGCAAGAGCAUGUCAUUUCAUAUACAGCAAAUAAGUGAAUAAAUCCUUCUGUUCAAAGAAA